GAAUAAAAUUUUCUCGUCAAACAGUGCAGCUGGAUCGUCCAAGACGCAAUUUUCCGACAAUUUUCAACGCCCAAAUUCAAGAUUUUUCCCGAAUUUCUAUUGAGCGAGAAGACCAUGUCGUCACGCAGUGAAUCUUACUACGGUGGCGGAUGGUCAGAUCAGCCCGGCCCGACCAGCGAUCGCGACGAUGAUCGUGAUCGAGGGGGGCGAUUCGCAGGGUUCGCCGGUCGUGAUCGGGACCGUGGAGGUGGCGACAGGGGCUCUGGGCGAGUCGACAUGGAUAAACCUCCAAAUAGCCGACUUUUUAUUGUCUGCGGGAGGAACCAUACAGAGACUGAACUCAAGGAGCAUUUUGAGCGAUUUGGCACGAUCGACGAUGUCUGGCUUGUGAAGAACAGAUCGACCAAUGAGAGCAAGGGUGUGGCGUAUAUUAAAUACGCCAAAGCGUCGGAGGCAGCAAUCGCUAUGGAGGAAACUGAUAAUAAGUGUAUUGGGUCUGAUCCUAAACCUCUAAAGGUGUUGAUCGCAAACUCAAGACGCUCUGGGAGUAAACAGGACAUUGAUGGACAGAAAGAACUGAUGCGUAUCUUCAUCAUGGUCCCCAAGAUCUACACAGACGAUGAUGUUCGGGAAAAAUUCCAAGCUUAUGGAGAAAUCGACCACAUCAAUCUACUCAAAGACAGAAGGUCGGGAGAGAAUAAGGGAUUUGCUUACGUCAAAUUCCGCAAAGUGUCCAGUGCAGCAGUCGCUAUAGAGAGCUGUGAUCGAGGUUUCAAAGCGAUCUUGGCUGAACCUAAGGGGCACCGGAAUCGAGAUGAACCCAUACCCAGCCAGAUGCACGAGUCGACUUUCACCGGCGGUGGUGGUUUCCGGCCAGACUCGGCCUUCGAUCCCAGAUCCAACUUUGCACCGCCGGCCGUGGGCGGUGGCUUCCAUGCGUACGAACCGAACUCAUAUCACCAUCCUGCGGCAGCAGUGACAGAUCCGCAGAUCUCUCCAAAGCUUUACGUUGUCGUCAACGGGAGUGUCACAGAGAAUCAACUGAGGGCGCUGUUUGAUCUGGUCCCCGGAUUGGAGUACUGCGACCUGAGACAAGAAAGGGGGGACUUUGGGGUCAAAGGAAUUGCGUAUGUACGUUACAGCACUGCAGUUUCAGCGGUCUACGCUAAGCAAAAGUUGGACCGGUUUGAGUACCCGCCUAGCUGCCCGCUGUCGGUGAAAUUUGUUGAGGAGCCCGGGUCUCCCACCGACACUGUACGAGCUCAGGUGCAGCAGGGCCAAGCACAAUUACCUAGCUACACCAUGGAUCCGACCAUGCUUCGGCUCCCAGCACAACAACCCCUCGUACACAUCGACUCUGAGUGCAUGGAGAGACUGUUCAUCGUUUGUAACCCCGUCGCACCGCCGCCGUCGGUUCUAACCGAUAUCUUCUGCCGAUUCGGGAACCUGAUAGAGUGCUACAUGUUGAACAAUCGGAACUUUGGCUAUGCCAAGUAUGCAGAUAAGAGUAGCGCCCUCAAGGCUAUCGAGAUGAUUCACGGCCAAGAGGUAUCGGGUAUCCGCUUUAAGGUAAUGGUGGCCGACCCGCAAACCAACGACACCCGCAAACGCCCUCGCACGACCUGAUUUCAUGCAUGCCAAUGGAGGUAAGUAUGUAACGACUAGAAAAUAAAGCGUGAACUUUUUCAAGCAUGUACAUUUUUUUAUUAUCUAGUCUUCUUUUUUAUAACUUGUCUCUUUGUUUGAGAUGCAACUAUGCAAGUAGGUCUGAUAUAAGUGGUAAGUAUCCAUAAAUGUUACUCCGACUUGAUAUUUUGUACUUAAAACGAACGCUGCAACUUUACUAUUUAACAAAAAGACAGGAGACGUUUUGUUUGUGUGUGUGACGAGAUUUCAACAACUCAACAAACGUACUUGCCUAAUUACAUUUCGAGCAACAAGACCCGUUGUAUAAAGGAAGAAUUUCUUGAAAUACGAGCUCUGUGCAAAUAUAGCUUGGGCGACCUUCCUGACACUUCGAAUAAAUAAGUUCCUCUUAGACGCCAUCUUUACAGGCAACUUGGCUUUUGGCCGCGUCAAGCAUUCUGACUUUUCGACACAGCCAAGCGGUUCACACACCAAUCAUGCAAGGAGUUUGAUCAAACUUCCACCUGAUGUUCACGGUAGCUACACAAAACGCGUUGUUGUGUUUAAAAUAAUUUACAAGCUUGUAAAGAUGGCCAACAUACACAUUGUUAGUUAACUUUACAAACUAAUUUUUAAAUACUUUUUACCACUGAGGUACGUGGCGUUUGUGAAGAACUCUUUUCAUUUGACUUGAUGUACUGACCUUUUGUAUUCCUCUCCAUACAGACAAGGGGACUGACUCACAAACCACAAGAAAAUUUACAGAUAAAAAAAAAACAUUGACCUAACCUCUGACCUUCGGUACUGACCCUUCACCUCUGACCCCCCCAGAAACACUCCACGCACCAAAGAUUGACCCCUGCCUGUGUUAGACAUUUGACCCCUGACCCAAUGACCCCUUCGGUUAACAACCAACUGACCCACGAGACAAGCUGCUUCUGGAGCCGUUAUGUUUAUGAGUCUUUGACCUUUGACACGAACAACCACGAUGUGCUCGCCGUCUCACUGGAGGAUUUACAAACAAAAAAACAGAAACAGGGAUUUGUUCAUGUGACAUCUUCUCGAAGCCGACGCUGACUUUUAACGAGUGACAAAAGUGCAUUGAACUGAAGAGUGGUUUGGACAAGAUUUGAAGCGUGACAACUUCAAAGAUGGAACUGUGGAAAGCAGGACAGAACUGACUCGAAGGAAGACUAGCAACAGAAGGGCGAGCGGUUUUUUUGACCUUUGACACUUCCACCAACUACUACAACCCAAGACGUUGCUGUUUUACAAACUGUCCGCAACACAACUUCAGUACCCUGGACACACGGAGACACCAUCCCAUGGACCAUCGACGACAGAAAACAAUUUUUACUGCAAACAAUCUCUGACAUCUGACCUGACCUUCAACAAGACUGCUGCAAUUUUAUAAGCGGGGAUGUGACGACAACAGAAAGGCAUUUUGACUUGAGCGUAGUAGGAUAGACGAGGCAGUGACACCCAGGAAGGCAAGACCACCCUGGAACCAUGGAUCGUACCGGGUGACAGUGACAAAAGUGACAGUCACAGUUAACAACCGGGACAUGUGACCUGGACACCAACGGUGACCUGAAUACAAGCAACUGGGCCCAAUUUUCCUAGAGCUGCUAACACGAACAAGUUUAUCGGCCAGACACAAAAUUAGCAGGGAGCCGGUUUCAAACAAUAUCCGAGGACAGUUUGGCUGGUGACGUGCUUAUUUUUAUGAAGCACUUUUUGUCUUUCUCUGCUUAGCAAAUUUUCUUCGUGUAGCAGCUCUAUGACCUUUGGCCCCUUUGGGUUUGACCUCAAACUGUGACCCACAGCUUGACUUAAAGACCUUUACACUUACUAAACUCUACUAACAGAAAUGAUGAACAGUUCUAAAGUGUAUAUACUGGUGUGAGUUUAGGAUUAAGAUGGCCCUUCCCAACAGACUUGCCCUAGCAAACAAUGAUCUGCUCAAUUAAUGCAUAUUCCAAUGGUUAGCAAGGAUUUUUUGCUUGCGCCUACAUGCGUCAUGUUGUGAUGCUCUUUUCCCUUAUUCAGCUAGCUCAGAAAAUCAGCGCUUACCCUAAGCUGAAAAUGAUGACUGUAUUUUUAAGCACAGAACUUACACAGUUAGCACAGAAAUUUGGUGCUAAGCUAACCAGUAAGUGGAGAACGGUGACAGUAAUCGCAUAAUUAAGCUGUUGGUAGAGCCAUUCAGUUGGUAGUGGUGGUUAACUUGCUGAAGCCUUAACUUUUAUCAGCAAAAAGUUUUGUGAUUUCUGAAAUUUUGGGAAGUGGCCAUUUGGACCUUAUAUGACAUCUCUAAAUCUUUUAUUCCACGAACAAACUUUAGGCAAAAGAUAUUUGUUAUAAAAUCUGCUUCAAGGUGCAAUAUUUUGGACUCCAUGUUGAACUGACCAGAGACAAAUCACCCACUUUGAAUAGAAUUGUUGUAAUAAUGCAUUUUUAUUUUGUGUUUUUGUAAUUACUUUGGCAUAUCUUCGGUAAAGUGCUGUUUUUUCUUGCUUUGUACCUCAUUGUUUAUCCUUUUUGUGAAAAGAUAACAUUUGUUUUUAAAGUGGGAAAAUUUACUUCUAAAUGUUUUUUUUUUUAGUAGGACGUUGGAACAUUCUUCUGUGUAACUUUUGAAUUGGACAAGACAAUUUGGGUGAUUGGUAGACAAUCUUAACUACCCUGACUUAUCUAGGAAGUUUGCCAACUUGGUUUACUGACAUGAAUUUGGUACGUUUUAUUCUUGUACAGUUUUUUCCCCUCGGUAAACGUCAACGAUUUACAGGUUUUCUUUUGGGUAGCAUUUGCUUUUUAAAGGUAACAAAUGUUCAGUAUUAAAAGAUGAUCAUUUUACCAAUUUCAAUGUGGAUGAAAAAUGGAGAACAAACUCACAAAUUUGUCAGUGAAGUUUCACCAGCUUCAUCAGACUGGAAACUCAUCAAAGCUGGUUAGUAACAAUGUUUUUUUUUUUCAAUUGCGUUUUUUACUGGUGGUAUCUGUCUUGUGAGCACAAUUGUUGAAGCUGGGCUUAGCUUUUAGCACCGACUUGCUUUUACAAUGACAAAGGGAAAAACCAGAAUUGAAGUGAGAGUUAAAUUGAUAUUGAUUGAAAAUAUCUGAUUGGGGGAACUGAGUGUGCUGCCAGCUUGGGUUAUUUCAAUGGUGUUAGCUUCCCUCGAUGCCUUCGUAGGCAAAGGUUAUGAAUCUACUUCUGUCACGUUGGUUGAGAGCAUUGGGUGACUUUGGUGGUCACGAGGUGGCAGCAGUCUCACCAUUGCCCAAAUUCAUGGCUUUGCUAACCACAGAAUUAUGCGAUUACCUCCCGUAGAAUUACGCGCUUUAUAGUGUGGUGUAUUUAAAGCGCAAACUUACUCAAUAAGCAGAGCCAUGCUAUUGGACUCAGGGGGGGGGGGUUAUACCCCUUGAUCUUUGGAAAUGCGCAUGCAUGAACUCUGGAAAUUGUCCAAGCAUGUCUGCUGCCACCUAGGGCUCUGAAGUGUGCCAUCGUGUACAGCAAAGAGCAAGUUCGGAUGAGCGAGCGAGUGUCUAGACUUGACCAGAAACUGUGACGUAGCUCUCGAAUUGACCGAAGUUGACCAUGCUCAGUGCAUGGUUCAAUAAUGGGUGCGUUCGUUUAGCCGUGCUUGUGGAGUGGGUCACUUGGGGGCUGGGGUUAGGUGCAUGACGUUACGGUGAGUGAGCAUUUGUUUAGCUCUUGUCGGGGGCUCACCCGAGUGCCAAUGCGGAGUCGACCCAGGGAAGCUUAUCGAACGCACCCAUAGUCAAACCUCCUUUUGCUCUAUGGUUUCUGGUUAGUCUAGUCGGUCUAGUAGCCACCCAAACUUGCUCCUACUUGAAUUGCACACACAUCACAUGAACAUAGGUUUAAAAUGCUGGACUCAAACUUAUGUGCCCCCUGUAAAUUUUAGUCUUAUCUUUGUUACACUACUGAAAUGGAGACGGACAACUUAAACCUGGUCUUGACAUUAAACAUUAGGACUGUGUGUUUUACCCCGUCUAAUGACUUAUGAACUUUGUUGUGUUCCUCACUUUGUUGGAAUCUUACUUGAUUGUCAUGUUAACUUGGAUUUGUGGUUAAUUGGUGGGGGGGGGAGGGGUCCUAUCUUGAGAUAUAUGUUUUUCACGUAAAACUGGAAUUGUUUUUGGUAAUGUCCGAUUAAAAUACGUAAAUAAUGAGAGAAAA